AUGGCAGAUAACCAAGAAACACUGCUUUUGAAAAUCAAAGAGCAAGGUGAUCUUGUUAGAAAAUUAAAAGCUGCUAAAGAAUCAGGUGAAAAGAUUCAAGAAGAAGUAGCCAAAUUACUUGCAUUAAAGGCACAGAUCAAAACUGAAGAUGCUACUCCCCAGAAGUUUUCUCUCAAGACCGCUAAGGGUACUAGGGAUUACAAUCCCCAACAGAUGACUUUAAGGAAUGGAGUGCUUGAAAAAAUCAUUGCGGUUUUCAAGAGACAUGGUGCAGAGUGUAUUGAUACACCUGUCUUUGAGCUAAAGGAUGUGUUAACUGGUAAAUAUGGUGAAGAUUCAAAAUUAAUCUAUGAUUUGAAAGACCAAGGAGGUGAGAUACUAUCACUGAGAUAUGACUUAACUGUGCCAUUGGCGCGUUAUUUAGCUAUGAACAAGAUAAACACUUUAAAGCGUUAUCACAUUGCCAAAGUAUAUAGGCGGGAUAACCCUGCAAUGACUAGGGGCCGCUACAGAGAGUUUUAUCAAUGUGAUUUUGAUAUAGCAGGUCAAUAUGACCCUAUGGUACCAGACGCAGAAUGCCUGAAAGUUGUAACAGAAAUUAUGGAUUCUCUUGAAAUUGGACAGUAUGUGUUAAAGAUCAAUCACCGGCGAUUGUUAGAUGGCAUGUUUGAAGCUUGUGGAGUACCAGACGACAAGUUCCGCCCUACAUGUUCUACUGUUGACAAACUAGAUAAGUCACCCUGGGAAGAAGUGAGAACCGAAAUGAUAAAUGAAAAAGGCAUUACUCCCGAAGCAGCCGACAGAAUAGGCGAAUAUGUUCGCCUCAACGGUGGUGUUGAGUUAGUCGACCAACUACUCAAAGACGAGAAAUUAUCUAAAACUAAAGCAGCUGUUGAAGGUUUACAGGGCAUCAAAUUACUAUUAGAGUAUUGUGAGCUCUUUGGUAUCAAAAAUAAAAUACUAUUUGAUCUCAGCCUUGCAAGGGGUUUGGAUUAUUACACAGGAGUUAUUUAUGAAGCUGUUCUUACUCAACCAAUAAAAAUCGGCAAUGAAGAACAGACUGUCGGAUCAAUCGCUGGUGGUGGUAGAUACGAUAAUCUUGUUGGCAUGUUUGACUCAAAAAAUAAACAGGUACCUUGCGUGGGUGUGAGUAUUGGUGUGGAGCGUGUAUUCUCAGUGCUUGAAGCUAAAUUGGCUGCAGGCGACAUCAGCGUGCGUACAAACGAAAUUGACGUCUAUGUGGCAUCUGCGCAGAAGAAUUUCCUUGAAGAGAGGAUGAAGAUCUGCACUGACUUAUGGAAUGCUGGCAUCAAGACAGAGCAAUCUUACAAGAAAAAUCCUAAAAUGCUGACCCAGCUACAACACUGUGAAGAGAACGGCAUCCCCUUGGCUGUAGUGCUAGGCGAAUCGGAGCUCAAGCGUGGUGUGGUUAAAGUUCGAAACAUUAAGACGAGGCAAGAGGACGAAGUUCCUAGGGAAAACCUCGUCCAAGACCUUUUGGCUAGAAUCGCGGAGCUGAAUGUAAAAGAAAAUGGCACUGCAUAA